AUGGCGCCGGGCUCACCAUCGUUCACAUCCGCUUCCGAGCUGCCGGAAGAAGCGUCAUCUCCUGAGCACCCUUCGACUCGCCCCAAUCCAUUUGACGACGGUGAAAUUUCGUCGCGUAAGCGCCGCCGCACCUCGGCCUCUGGAUCGCCAACAGCGUCUCUCGAUACCGUGAACCCAGUUCAUGACGCCUCGAGCUCUACCACCCUCGAAGGCGAACAGUCCCGGUCUGGAAGCGCCAUGGCCGUGGACGAAAAGCCCGCCACCCCACGCACACCGGAGCAACGGCAGGCCUCGCUCGAGCCGCCACCCAGCCGCGUAACCAUCAACCUCCGCAGACGCUCAGAGUCCGCGUCGCCGCCAGGGUCGCCCGCGUCGCUUGAGCCGCGCUCCGAAGUUGACCCCACGCCCCCGGAAUCCGUCGACAUUCGGCGGGAUGCACGGACCCCCGGUGAAGAGACGGCGGAGGCUCCCCCUGCUGACUCUGGGAGCACGCCAUCGUCAAGACUCGGCGCGAGCCCUCCUGUUGAAGUCAUCCCGAUCAACGAGACAGACGAGGUUCAUGCCGGCAGCGAGGGGGAGAUGGAGAUGGACAUUUCGGCUGCUUCAUCUGCUGCUGGAGCGGUAGACGACAUCCAGCAGGUGGCCGAUCCAACAGCCCAGUUCCCAUACUGUCUGCCGCCUGAGCGGCUAUCCGUGACAUUACAGCGCCUGGCGGACUAUUUUUCAUCCAACAAGAUCAUGGACGGUCACGUCUUCGACGAUGUCGUCACUUGGCUGAACGACUAUCUCAAGUUCGCGAAACAGUCGGACCCACUUGUCGUGUUGGAGUCGCGCAUCAUUCAUAGAGACUUUUGGCAUGCAUUCCCCCAGGCUGUUGCCAGUCUCUUGCCACGCACUUGGGAGCUCUUGAGAAACCCCAUACUGAGGCACCGUCUCUUGAGCCUUUAUGCUGCAUUCGCAAGAUUGACUGCACACAACAUCGCACUCGAUACCAUGGCCCUUCGAAGCAGUCCACCUGCCGAAGGCGUUUCGGCCCCGACCAUUCUUGCUCCCGCAUACAUUCAGCAGCUCCGUAACACAGUGUCAUCACUCGACUGCCAGCCCGACCCGUUCAACGAGAGUGUAUCCGAGCCCGGCUGGAACCCGGCCAACUUGGAGGCUCAUCUCGUUAGAAUCUUGCAUGAUAGCCCUGCAGGUUGUGCCAAGGGUCUCGCAGAGCUCGUUGACGCGCUGGCCAGCGCUGUUUCUCGGUGGCCGAAGCUGGCAGACAACUUCGCUGCCCUGAGCUGGGCUCUCAAGGACCACACACGCGCGGCGCUUCGAACUUCCAACGAGAGUCAAGAUGAGGAUGAAUGCGCCAACAGUGACCUAGCCGCCUGCCAUCUGAUGAUGGAAACCAUGUCGACUUCCUUGAUGGCCGUUAUCGACAAGCACAUCGCAAGCCUGAACCCUGAAUGUGCCAGCACAACGAUUCAGAACCUCGCCGAGGUCUUGCCACUGUCUUUGCGCAGCGGCAGCCAGGAAGCGAAAGGUCGCCUUAUGAGCCACAGAAUUCGGCACCCUUCGCUUAGCCCCAACAUCGCGCGUGAAGCGAUUGCGUGGGAAUGGAAGGUGGACGCAUUGGAGAAGCUCGUUCGCUCGAGUCAAAUGCACAUACGCAUGGCCGGCGUCACCACGCUGUGCACACACCUCAUCAAUCUGUGGAAGCGUUUUAAUGAACGCGCUGAGUAUUGCAGCCUUGAUUUGGUCCAGCACUUGGCCGGGUAUCUGCUCCAGACCGGGCUCAUCGACUACAUCUUGGGCGGCAGCUGCCACCCGGAAAUCAUAGUCGAGUCUGCCAACAUCAUCGGCUUCCUGGUCGUUACGAAAACAUACCACGCGGAGCACUCGGAUCAAAUAUGGCACGGGUUGACGUCAAGCCAGGAUCCUCGCGUGGUGGAUGCUCUCAGACGCGUGCACAACACCCUCUUGGCCCUAUUCGACCUGGCAGAGCUCUUGCGAAUCUGCCAAAAGUUCCAGUCGCUUCCGCUGGAGCGGUUCUCGGCACCGGUUCGGAUGGCACUGGAUAACACCCUGUGUGAAACGAUGCGCAGAUGCGACGAAGACCGCUCCACGCUCCCCUCUCAGCCAUACGUCCUCUGCUUGCGCCUGCUGAGAGAUUCGUCCGUCAUGUCCCAUGACUCCCAGAUAGUGGAUCGGGAAGUCCAGCAUCUUGCGAUGCAAAAGUUCAAGGAACUCCUUGGCUACGGCCCCGAUGCAGAUGGCCGGGCUCAGUUGUACCAGAGCUGUAUCCUUGACAUUGCUUCCAAGUCGACUACCACAUUAGGAAGUCUUUGGUGCCUUUCAAUGGCAAUCCGAAACGAGACUGUGACUCAAAUGCAAGUUCUGACAGAGCACCACGAUCUGGCAAAGCUGCUCGUGGAGGAACUCGAACAUGCGGGACUCACAGACCGAUCUGGUGCCGGUUGCGCAGUGUUUUCUGGCAUCAUCAACCAUCCGCGAAGAGAGUUUGUGACCAAUCUCAUCCAGCUGCAGCCCGAGUCGAUCGACAACGACUUGGGGCCAAGACUAUGGGAUUUGCUCGUGGGGUCAAAGUCGACGUGCUCAGAUGACCGGCGCGCAGGAUGGCACAUCAUCCUCGGCACGUCCAGGAGAACAUCAUUCCGUAACACAUUUCUCGAGACAUGCUUCGCAUCUUUUCUUCCGACACUGCCGACAGAGUAUCUUUGCGACGGAGUUCUGGAGUUCGUCAGGGAGAAGUUGCAGUGCUUCUCAAACGAAGGCGGUACAAUCCUGGACGACGAGACUCCUAUAGUCCGGACCGCGAUUGAGCAGCUCUGGAGACUGAUACUAGAGGCCGAAGAUUCGACUCUCGUGAUACAAGCAAUCUCGACGCUUACCCUUGGCGUGUAUCUGGAAGGGGGUUCUAUCACCGGCCACCCCUCGCCCCACGCACAACGGAUGCACCUUGCGCUCGUCAGUCGCUGCCUGGAUCAGCUCAAGCGCGCGGCUGAUGUCCUGAAGCGAUCUCUCGGUGAUGCAUCGAGCAGCGAUGACAAUUCAAUGGCCAUUGUUAUCUCUGAUGUGGAGACUGCCAAACAGGAACGCGUUUUCACUCGCUCCCUGCAGCUGCUCCGGUUCUUCCUCAAGAAGUACCAGUCCAAGCCCAACUUUGCAGUGGCAGAUUUGCGGUCUUUCAUGUCCAGGACACCCGAUCGAGUUGAGGGCGACUCAGCACAGCUUAAGUAUCAGUCCUUCGAUGGCGACGAACAAACCGACAUCAUGCCAUUGAAUAUCGGCAAACUGAACACUGUGUCAUCACUCCUCGCGAGCCUUCGUGAAGAGACAGGCUUCGACAACUAUCGCGCGUAUUACCGCGGCCGCCAGCUGAUGCCGGUAGAGGAAGACAUUUGCAAGUCAUUGCAAGAGCUUGAUAUCCAAGACGGCUUCAUCAUAGUCAAGCGGGAAGAGAAUUAUUCGUCCUCGCCACGGCGGAUAAAGCCCGGAUCGCUUCCGCUCGAGGUGGAAGUUCUGGCACACUUCGAGGAGCUCUGGGACUACCUUAGCAUGGAGGAGCGGAUCGCAGGAGAGAUAUAUGACUUUAUUGUCAAUAUUCCAGCAGACGGCUACAUCAUGUCACAAUUCGACAGCGACUCGACGUCCUCUUACAAAGAGCUGUUCCUCCCCGGACAGCCUUUCAAGUCUCUGUAUGCCAUUCAUGCCCUGACAGAGUACGUCGAGAGCGCUCGACGGACUACUUCAGAGGCUUCUUUGGCACAGAGCCCCGAGGAGACGGCAACGUCCAACGGCCAAGAUGAAGUGCUUCACAGAGCUUUGCGUCUCAUCGUUCAGGCUCUGUCCGAUCCAGAUGUUUUGGCGGGAACCUCAACAUCACUGAAAAUGCGGGUGGCGAGUGCUCUGAUGCAAACCUUUGUCAAGUUGACGCAAGGGACACGUCGAUCCAGCGCGUCUGAAGUCGGUUGCAACCCCACCAAUGGGCCCCCUCCCAAGCGCCUCGUCGAACUCUUAUCCAAUGCAGUCGAAUGUCAGGGCGACGCGGGUUUGCCGCUGAUUGCGAGCACUUGCAUCGCGAUUCUACGGCUUGGCCAGUCAGAUCAACCCUUCUGGGCUGAUGUGGCGCAAGACCCAGUCUUCCGUGAUCUCAUUCAGACACUCGUUCUCUAUAACCCAAGAAGGGCAGCAAGGAUGACGGUUGUGGAACUCCUGGAAAACUUCGUGGAUGCGGACGUCUCGCCAUAUGACGGCCAAGACGACGGUGCCAUGUCGUCUGACCAAUCCGAGGUUCCCGGCCUUGCCCGAUACCUGUGGUCAGUAGUCUCAGAGCUCAUACGGGACGCGGUUGGGCUUCCUCACCAGUGUCAUGAGCUAUUCAAACUCUUGAGAAAGCUAUUGUUUCAUUUGGGUGGACAGGUCGACUUGGAAGGGCUGGCUUCGCAGGUCAGCAAGCUCCUGUUGAAGCAUGAAACCAUCGAGCACCUCUCGCAACAAGAUCCAAGCGACCCUGUCGUCGCUGGCCUAGCUACCUUGCUGCAGCUAUGUCUUAACGGAGACCCUGCUCUGGCCACAUCCGAGAUAUGGCCCGAAAAUUUCAUUCGCCGCAUUUUCUCCCGACAUCUUUUCCCAGAGCAGGUCAAGGAAGGUGCCUUGCUUGUAUCACGCGUUAUCCUGAACACAGACACGCGAGCGAAGCUUUACGAUAUCGUCUUCCGCUUGGCGAGCAAAGAUUACGAUGAGCUACAUGGAGUGUUGAAUCUUCUCAAUCGUCUCGUGCCCUUCUACGAGGAUGAGGACGAUGAGCCUUACCUCUACGAUCUCCCUCAGCAGUUUGAUCGCUUCAAGGCUAUUCGAUCGCCGUGCGGUUACGCUGGACUGCGAAACCUUUCCAACACGUGCUACCUCAACUCUCUUCUGACACAGCUGUACAUGAACGCGAACUUUCGCCAAUUUAUCCUGAGUGUGAACACGGAGGAUCCGAGCGAUACCCAGGAGCUGCUGUUCCAUACCCAGAAUGUGUUCGGCUUUUUGCAGGAGAGCUAUCGCCGCUAUGUCGAUCCGAUAGCCUUCGUCAGUGCCAUCAAAACCUACGAUGACACAAUGAUCGACAUAUACAAUCAAAUGGACGUCGAUGAGUUCUACAACUUACUUUUCGACCGUUGGGAAGGCCAGUUUCCUCUGGCCGAAGAUCGCAAGAAGCUCAGGUCCUUCUACGGUGGGCAGCUGGUACAGCAAGUUAAAUCCAAGGAGUGCGAGCACAUCUCGGAGAGGCUCGAACCGUUUUCGGCAAUCCAAUGCGACAUCAAAGGGAACGGCACAUUGGAAGAGAGCCUGCAGGCAUAUGUGGGCGGCGAAGUCAUGGAUGGCGAUAACAAGUACAAAUGUUCUACGUGCGACCGACAUGUGGAUGCCGUCAAGAGAGCCUGUCUGAAAGACGUCCCUGACAAUGUCAUUUUCCACUUGAAACGUUUCGAUUUCAACCUGCGGACCCUCCAGCGCAGCAAGAUCAAUGACCACUUCUCAUUUCCUCGUAAAAUCAACCUGCGGCCUUACACAAUAGAGCACCUGAGCGACCCGGAUGCUGCAGCAGAAGAGGACAUUUUCGAGCUCGUUGGAGUGCUCGUCCACACGGGCACGGCCGAAUCAGGCCAUUACUACUCAUACAUUAGGGAGCGACCCUGCCCCCUCGGCGUCGACAGUUGGGUCGAGUUUAACGACGACAUCGUGACGCCGUGGGACCCAUCGCACCUGGCAAACGCGACAUUUGGCGGCCCUGAUCAUCGGGCCGCGUACGAAACGAACGGCAUGGUUUACGACAAGGCCUACAGCGCUUACAUGCUUUUCUACCAACGGUCUUCAUCGAUGGAGAUGCAGCAGACUGCAAUGACUACACAGAAUCAGUCCGCUCCACUGCGAGUCGCGUUACCGGCUCCGUUGCAGGAGCACAUCGUGGCUGAAAACACAGUCAUCUUGAGGCGUCACUGUCUUUUCGAUCCCUCGCACACCAUAUUUGUUCAAAGCUGUUUCAAUCGAAGCAAGCAGGUGGAGAGGCAACUCGUCUCGCCGGAGAGUCGAGGCCACGAGCUGCAGAGCCUUGGCAUGGAGGUGGCACUGGCACACUUGGACCAAAUCGUCUCCCGCACGAAGGACACGCCCCUUUUCACUGGCUACUCGGGGUCGCUUCAGGACGCAAUUUCCGACUGCCCGAGGUGCGCUCUAGAGUUUAUCGAAUACUUUACGCUGCGUCAUUCGGCAUACAGGGCACUGCUUCAGCGCAGCCCCGAGCAGAACGUCCGGGCGUUUGCAGGUGAGGCGAUGAUCCGUGCCGCCCGGAAGGUCGCGGAGGAGCUGCCCCAGGUCUACGACCGUGAUGGUCGUUAUGUUGCUGGUGCUGAAUCAAUCGCCAACGGGCACGACAUGUCUGAGCACGGCAGACUUGCGUUAAAUGGCGACCCCGCGAGGCAGUCGGUAUUGCGAGGUAUGGUCAUGCUGUUCAAUCAUUUGUGGCAGUUUUUCCAGUUCCAUCUCCGCUCGUGGGAUGAGGUCUUUGGCACCAUGUUGGCGUUUGCAAAGCUCGGGCCGCGCGAGGCGGUUGCGCUCCUCUCUGAAGAUUUUCUCGAGCGGCUCCUGCGCAUUAUUGCCGCCGACGCGUCGAGCAAUCUGACGGCAAACUACGCUCGCAUGCUCACUACCAUUCUGCGGCGGGGUACCAGGGCUCCGUCGUAUGAUGCCAUCAUAGCACUCAUCGAUCACCUGAUGGCGCAGCUGCAGCCCGCCUUUGGUGCUGAGUUCAUCGUCGAGGAUGCCUCGGAUCGGCUUGACCAGGAAACGCCGGUCCCCUGGACUUCGGAGGAGGUUCAAAUUGUGCAUGACGAGCCGGUCGGCCGUGUGGGCAGUCUCUUCGUGGAAAAGCUGUUGUCCAUUGACCAGGCUUGGGAGCCCACGAAAAGCAUCGUGGGUCGUUUAUCCACCAUGGGGACGUACAUGGAAGUGAAGAUCCUGGAAACCCUCUGUCGCAACCUUCAGGUCGAUUCGGUGAAUCCACACAUCGACGCCUUUCUUAAGGGAGCUGAGCGAUAUAUCGAGAGCACUCAGGCGACGAAGCACGCGGAAGUCCUCAUCCGGCACAUCUGCGACCAAGCCCGAAAAUUGCAGAACUAUGAAGGGGUGGCAUUCCUGUCCUUUGUCAGGUUGGCGAUGCGUUCACAGCAGCCAGACGAAGUGGCUGCCAAGUUCAGAAAGUCGUACUGCCGGGAGCUGAUUCCGUCGUGGGCACCGUUCCUUCUGGUCUACCCCGACGCUGACACGAGACACGAAGCGGAACAGCUGAUCGAAGAGGAAAUUCUCGAGCCGUGGUUGGCACAUCCAUCCCAGGGCGAGGGGAGUGCCGACGAGAUAGACGACACGGACACCGUGGCAGACAGCGAGUCUCUAGACGAGGUGGUUUGCCAGUUGGCCAAACAGUGCCUGGUCUACCUACGCGAGGUGCACAUCAAGCGCCGAAUUCGGAUCGAGCGCCAGGCGGCUUACUGCAUCCUGCGGGUGGUGGGUAAAUGCGCACCGCAGCCGGGAAGCGCGGAGGGGCCGAGAUUCGAUGAAGACAUCAUGUUUUCGGCGAUACAGAGCGAGAUUGUUGAGCCCCUGCAACGACUCAUGGUGGAUGAAGCGGACGAUGAUGUUUCGGAUUGGGAGGGGGCAUCAUGCGCAUCAUCGGAAGCCAUGGAGGCCAAUAUCGGCAUCUCCAUGGAAGCAGUUGGCCACUUCAUCGAACCCGACACGGCAUGA